UCUAACUUAAGUUCAAUUUCUCCAAUUGGAGGAGCAGAGUUAACAAUGAGCCUCUUACCCUCUUGCUUUCGCUGCUCACAAUCAGUGGUUGUGUCGGUGGUCAUCAUUCUUGUGCUAUUCCACCAAACUUGCAGUGCCAAGCAUCGCAGAUCCUGUCCAUCUUCUUCGUGCGGCGAAAUUCUCGACAUAAAAUAUCCAUUCCGACUGAAAGGCGAUCCUCGCGGUUGCGGCCUCCCCGGGUACGAAUUUGAUUGCGUGAAUAACAGGACACUGGUUACUCUGUUUUCAGGAAAAUACUAUGUGAAGGAAAUCAAUUACAAUAUGUACGAAAUCCGGCUGAGUGAAUCGGGUGUUGUGGAGGAGACUUCUUGCUCUUUUCCUCGCUAUUUCUUAUCCCCACAAAAUUUCAGUGGAUAUGGUGAUCAUCCGUGGACUUUUCCGAACUAUUGGUCGCAUGCUUAUUGUUCUGCAAACGUAGGGUUUCUAAACUGUAGUAACCGAGUGAGUGAUGAUCCUCGAUAUGUCGAAGUGAAAGCAUGUGGUAGUGAUUCCGGAGGAGUUAUCUACGCCGUUCUGGACCUUACAGCGAAGGACACGAAGGUUGGAUGCAGAUUAAAGAUGUCUACCUUGGCAAACUGUACGGAUAACAAGAAUAAUGUUUCCUAUGCUGAUAUCCUCAAAUCUAUGGAAGAAGGAAUUUGGUUGUCUUGGUUUCGAAUUGUUUGCAGGGACCACUGUGGAAAUGGUGUCUCUUGCUUCUUCAAUAAAACCACCAAACAAAUUCAAUGCGAUACUUGCCAGAUCUACAACCACCCUACCCACAAUUGUGGAAUUCUAUCGCGUAUUAUUGGAUACCCUACAGGUUUUGUUAAAAGCAUCAUAAAAGGUAAUAAAGGAUUAUUCAAUAGAAUAACAAAUGGCCAAGGAUCAAAUGAUGUGGGAGAAUUGAUAGGUCAAUAUAUUCUACCAAUAUUAAUUGCAACUAGAUAUUUGUUUGGACUCUCACUUUUUCUAUGGAUAUUCAUCCAUAAAUGGCGACGUAGACAUUUUUCAGUGUAUGAAAACAUUGAAAAUUUUUUGCUAGACAACAAUAUAAAUCCCAUUAGAUAUGAGUACAGAGAAGUGAAGAAAAUGACUAAAGGUUUCAAAGUGAAAUUAGGAGAAGGAGGUUUUGGUUCUGUUUACAAAGGAAAGCUUCAAAGUGGGUUAGAUGUAGCAGUAAAGAUGUUGAGCAUAUCCAAAGACAAUGGUCAAGACUUUGUUAAUGAAGUAGCUACACUUGGGAGAAUACAUCAUGUGAAUGUAGUAGGUCUUAUUGGAUAUUGUGUUGAAGGAAAAAAGCGUGGUCUAAUCUAUGAAUACAUGCCUAAUGGGUCAUUGGAUAAAUUUCUUUUCUCUAAAGAAGGAAUUGUUCCUUUGAGUUACGAGAAGAUAUAUGAAAUAUCUCUUGGAAUUUCUCAUGGGAUAGCAUAUUUACAUCGAGACUGUGAUGUGCAGAUUUUACAUUUCGAUAUCAAGCCUCAUAAUAUUCUUUUAGAUGAUAACUUUACUCCAAAGGUUUCAGAUUUUGGACUUGCAAAAUUGUAUCCUACAAAAGACAAAUCCAUUAUUUUGACUGCAAUAAGAGGAACACUGGGUUACAUGGCUCCAGAAUUAUUCUACAAAAAUGUUGGUGGAGUUUCACAUAAAGCAGAUGUCUAUAGUUUUGGAAUGCUUUUGAUGGAAAUGGCAAGUAGGAGAAAAAAUUCAGAUCCUCAUGCAGAACAUUCAAGUCAAAAUUAUUUUCCCUUUUGGAUCCAUGAUCAAUUUACAGAAGACAAAGAUAUUGACAUGGAAGGUGCUUCAGAAAUGGAUAAAAUUCUCAUAAGAAAAAUGUUCAUAGUUGCACUUUGGUGUAUACAAUUGAAACCAUGUGAUCGUCCAACAAUGAGCAAGGUUGUAGAGAUGAUUGAAGGAAAAACUGAAAGUCUUGAAAUUCCUCCAAAGCCAUCCUUUUAUCCUCAUGAAAUGUUAGAACAUGGUGGUACAAUUAACUCUGACGAAAUAUCAUGGAGUGAUUCAACUAGUUAUAAUAUGAGUGUUGACAAAAACAUGGCUAAUCACUCAUAUUCAGAAUAACUCGUUUGGUAGGAGUUAGUUAUUAUUAUGCUCAAAGCUGUAAUAUUAAAUUUAGGCUCAUAGACUAUAUAUUGCCGAUUUAAAUAUGCUCACGCACUUUUAUGGCUUCUUAA